AUGCCGGAAAAGGAAGAAGCAGUAUUCCGUUCAGCGGAUAUGUCGCUUGUUCAGUUGUAUGUUCCAACUGAAGUUGCUAGAGAUAUUAUCUAUAAAGUGGGUCAAUUAGAUAUUAUUCAAUUUAGAGAUUUAAAUUCUAAAGUCAAUGAAUUUCAACGUUCAUUUGUAAAAGAAUUGAGAAAAUUAGAUAAUGUUGAAAGACAAUUCAAUUUGUUUAAACGUGAAUUGGAUGUAAGAGAUAUUCCUAUCAAAUUGUUUCCUUAUGAUUUAGAUAAUGUCCCACCUCAAACUGAAAUUGACGAAUUAAUUGAAGGUUCUGAUUUAUUAGAAGAAAGAGUAAUUCAAUUGCGUGAUUCAGUAGAAACUUUAUAUGAUAAGGAAAAAUAUUUAAAACAAUUCAAAUACACCAUUCAAGCUGUUAAUAAUUUCUUUGCUGUACAAGGUGAAACCACAAUUGAGAACGAAGAAGAAACUGCAUUAUUAUCACAAUUGGAAAGUGGCCGUGGCGGCAGUGGUGGUGAUGCACGUUCAGGAUCUUCAUUUAUUUCUGGUGUGAUUAAUAGAGACAAAGUUGGUGUUUUACAACAAAUUUUAUGGAGAGUUUUAAGAGGCAAUUUGUAUUAUCAUCAUGAAGAUUUACCUGAAGAAAUUUAUGAUUUUAAAAACAAUGCUUAUAUUGCCAAAAGUUCAUUCAUUAUUUUUUCUCAUGGGUCACUUAUUCGUGAAAGAAUUAGAAAAAUUUGUGAAUCAUUAGAUGCUGAUUUGUACAAUGUUGAUUCCACUUCAGCAGCUAGAAGAGAACAAUUGGAUGAUGUUAACACUAAAACAACAGAUUUAUCUACUGUUUUAGCAGAAUCGGAAAAUGCAUUAAAUUCUGAAUUAAUUGCCAUUUCUCGUGAUUUGGCUAAAUGGUGGGAAAUUAUUGCUAGAGAAAAAGCUGUUUACAAAGCUAUGAAUAGUUGUGAUUAUGACAAUUCAAGGAAAACUUUGAUCGCUGAAGGUUGGACUCCAACCGAUUCUAUCACUGAAUUGACUACAGCUAUUCAAGAAUAUGAUGCAUCACAAUCAGUUCCAACCAUCAUUAAUGUUUUGGAUACAAACAAAACCCCACCAACUUAUACUCGUACCAACAAGUUCACUUAUGCUUUCCAAGCAAUUUGUGAUGCUUAUGGUGUACCUAAAUAUAAAGAAAUCAACCCUGGAUUACCAACAAUUGUUACUUUCCCAUUUAUGUUCGCCAUUAUGUUUGGUGAUUUAGGUCAUGGGUUUAUUGUUACUUUAGCAGCUGCUGCUCUUGUUUUAAAUGAAAAAAAAUUGAAUGCAAUGAAAAAAGAUGAAAUUUUUGAUAUGGCUUAUACUGGUCGUUAUGUUUUAUUACUUAUGGGGGUUUUCUCAAUGUAUACUGGAUUUAUUUAUAAUGAUGUUUUUUCAAGAUCAAUGUCUCUUUUCAAGAGUGGAUGGGAAUGGCCUGACAAGUUCAAAGUGGGUGAAACCAUUUAUGCCAAAUACGUUGGUACUUAUUCCAUUGGAUUAGAUCCAGCAUGGCAUGGAACUGAAAAUGCUUUGUUGUUUUCCAAUUCAUACAAGAUGAAAUUAUCUAUAUUAAUGGGAUACAUUCAUAUGUCUUAUUCAUAUUUCUUUUCCCUUUUCAAUUAUACAUAUUUCCAUAGCAUGAUUGAUAUCAUUGGUAAUUUCAUUCCUGGUCUUUUAUUCAUGCAAGGUAUAUUUGGAUAUUUGUCCUUAUGUAUUGUUUAUAAAUGGUCAGUUGAUUGGUUUGCUACAGGAAGACAACCACCAGGGUUAUUGAAUAUGUUGAUUAAUAUGUUUUUACAACCAGGAGAAGUUCCGGAACCUUUAUAUUCAGGACAAUCUACUAUUCAAGUUUUCCUUUUACUUAUUGCUUUGAUUUGUGUUCCUUGGUUAUUAUUAGUCAAACCAUUGUAUAUGAAAAGACAAUUAGAAAAACAUGCCAAUUACACCCAAUUAGCCAAUGAUGAAGAAACAGGUGAACAAGAACACAACAACAACAACAACGACAACGACAAUGAUGAUGAAGAAGAAGAUCAUGAAGAACACAAUUUUGGUGAUAUUAUGAUUCAUCAAGUGAUUCAUACUAUUGAAUUUUGUCUUAAUUGUGUCAGUCAUACAGCAUCUUAUUUGAGAUUGUGGGCCCUUUCAUUGGCUCAUGCUCAAUUAUCCACUGUUUUAUGGUCUAUGACUAUUGGUAAUGCAUUUGGUCCAACUGGUAUUGUUGGUACUUUUAUGGUGGUAUUUCUAUUUGCCAUGUGGUUUGUAUUAUCGGUUUGUAUUUUGGUGGUUAUGGAAGGUACUUCAGCAAUGUUGCAUUCUUUGAGAUUACAUUGGGUUGAAAGUAUGUCCAAAUAUUUUGAAGGUGGUGGUUCUGCUUUUGAACCAUUUACAUUUAAAGGGUUGUUAGACACUAUUUUGUAA